AUGCCCAAGUCAAAGAGAAACAAGGUCAUCGCUCUCACCAAGGUCGAGAAGAAGACCCGGGAGGACAAGGAGGUGAUCGUCGACGAGAUCCACAACUACCUCGACGAACACAAGUACUGCUUUGUCUUCUCAGUAGAGGGCAUGCGAAACACCUUUUUCAAGGAUCUCAGAGCGGACUGGAAGGGCAGCAGAAUAUUCUUUGGCCGAACCAAGAUCAUGGCCAAGGCUCUCGGCAAGUCUGAGGAGGAUGAGUACAAGGCUGGACUCGGCGCACUGUCUGAGUACAUGUCUGGAGAUGUUGGUCUUCUGCUGACCGACGAGGAGCCCCAGGUCGUCAAGGAUUACUUUGAGUCUUUCGUUCGGGAGGACUAUGCACGAGCCGGCCAGGUCUCUACCGUUACUUUCACAAUCCCCGCCGGCGUUGUCCAUACCACCGGAGGUAAGAUCCCCGCUGAGGACGAUGUUCCCGUUGUGCAUUCUAUGGAGCCCACUCUCCGAUCUCUGGGUAUGCCCACUCAGCUCAAGGCCGGAAAGGUGGAGCUGUUCGCCCCCUACGAGGUCUGCAAGACUGGCCAGACUCUGGAUUCUCGACAGACCCGUUUGCUCAAGCACUUUGGCGUCACCAGCUCUUUCUUCAAGGUCCACACUGUGGCCUACUACGACUCUGAGAAGGAGGAGGUUAAGCCCUUCAUUUCCGCUUAG